CUCAAAAGAAAAACAGAGCAUGCAUUAAUAACUCUGUUAUUUUUUUUUUUCCAAAAUCUCAAGAAAACAUGAAUAUCAUCUCUCCUUCAUCACCUCCACCACUGUUACCUCUCAAAUCAAACACAAGCUUCGAUUUAAACAGCAAGAUCACUCCAAACAUUCUCCUAGUAAUCAUAAUCCUCUCGAUCAUCUUCUUCAUAUCUGGUCUUGUCCACAUCCUUGUCAAGUUCCUCCUCACACCAUCAACACAAAACAGAGAAGAUUACUUAGACAACGUUACAGCUCUUCAAGGCCAGCUUCAGCAACUCUUUAGUCUCCAUGAUUCUGACGUUGACCAGUCCUUAAUCGACACGUUACCUGUCUUUCAGUACAAAUCCAUCAUGGGUCUCAAAAUCUCUCCUUUUGAUUGUCCUGUUUGUCUCUGUGAGUUCGAGACAGAGGACAAACUCAGACUCUUGCCUAAAUGCAGCCAUGCUUUUCAUGUUGGCUGUAUCGAUACGUGGCUUCUCUCUCACUCGACUUGUCCCUUGUGUAGAUCUAACCUCCUCCCUGGUUUCUCAUCUCAUCACAAUCCAAGCUCCUCGUAUUUACUUGUUCUUGAGAGUGAACAAAGCUCGAGAGAUAUGGUUCCUGCUCUUGAGUCCAAUUCUCAUUUGGGUUUUGAUGGGAACAAUUCUUUUGGGUCGACCCGGGUUAGAUCGGGUCGUAAAUCAUGCGAACCGGAUGGUGAAUGUGUUAGUUUGGAUAGAAAGGUUGUUCCUUUAGAAGUUAAGCUAGGGAAGUUUAGGAACAUAGAUCAUGUUGGUGAAGGAAGUGACAAUAACAAUAACAACAACAAUAGCAUAAGUGGUAAUAGCAAUUUAGAUGGGAGGAGGUGUUUGUCAAUGGGCUCAUAUGAGUAUAUUAUGGACCAAGAAGCUACACUUAAGGUUCACGUUUCCAUCAAGAAACUAUCGGUUAUGUCCGAAUGCGGUUUUGAUCCGACGGUUAAGGGAAUUGAGAAGAGUGUUGUGGAAAGAGAGAGCUUUUCUUUGUCUAAAAUUUGGCUAAGGAGUAAAAAGGAAAAGCAAAUGGGUACUAGUCCUAGAGAUCAGGAUUGUUCUUCAGUGUCUUCCUCUUCAGUCCCAUUUCCAAAAAAACUGCUUCCUCUUGAGACCGAUGACGAGAAUCAAAAGAGCGAAAAUUCGGAAUCUUUGGAGACAAAAACACCAUCUUUUGCUAGGAGGACCAUGUUUUGGCUUGCAGGGAGACAAAACAAGGUUGUUCAUCCUUCUACAUCCCAUGUUUAGGUUUUGCUUGUUAAUUUUUUGUUCUUCCUUUCCAAUUGUGUUUGAAAUUUUGUGUGUUUUCAUUAGACAGAAAGUAAUAGAGGGAGAUGAAUUAAGAUACCUAGCUAGGGUUCUUUCUUCUUAGGCACAUUGAAAAAAAUUGGUGGGUAUGCAAACAUUUUACCAGAGUCUUCUUUAAAUUAUGGGCAUGUCUUGUAAGAUAUUACUAGAUUUGUCUUAUGUACAUUAUGACACUUUCCAUUGACUCAACGAAAUAAUUGUGAAGGUGUGGUUCAUCACAUCAUUCCAUAAUUAUAUCUACAUAAAGUGUUUUGAAAUUGAAAACACGUACUUUUACUUUCCUAUAUAUGACAUUCACUUACUCUGCAAGAUUCUAUAAGAACUUUGAAUAGAAGUAGCAAGCUUUAUGUUUUGUAAACCAAAACAACUCUUAGCACUGUUGAUUAACUUUAUAAUAAAACAGACAUAUACUUGCUUGGAAUUGAAUGUCUCUGCAAUAUUCAAGAAAAGCUUCAAAGGAACUAGCAAGCUUUAUUUAAGAGUUGGUGAUCUGAGCUAAUUUUUGCGAUCAAACUCUUCACCGUGUAGAUACCAAUUUGUGUAUGUGCUUAGAAAACCAUACCACUUCAAUGUCAACUCUAAACUUAUACUUGACAAGGCAGCAACGUCGACAAGGACAUUUCACCAUCUCUGCCUUAAUGUUACCAAAGGCAAAAUCCAAAAAAUCCUUGACUCCGGUUAUGUAAUCUUGAGACAGUCGAUGUUUUGUUAUCCAUGACUUAUCCAUAUUCACCUAAAAAACUCAAA